UGCUUCUUCAUUGACAAGUUGCUCAUUGAAGUCGCAGCAGGAAUAUCGCGAUGCAGAGUCUAUUUUUCCUCGUCGUGUUUUGUCUCGUUCCGGCAAGUUUCGGGAGGACAGGAUUCGGCCCCGGAGAGCAAGAAUGGGGCUACGUGGAAGUACGUCCCUCCGCGAUGAUGUUCUGGUGGCUUUAUUACACCACGGCGGAUGUUAACUCGUAUUACGACAAACCACUGGUGAUCUGGUUGCAAGGUGGACCAGGUGGAUCUUCGACCUCGUAUGGGAAUUUCGAGGAAUUGGGCCCUCUGGAUCCUAAUCUGAACGCGCGGAAUCACACUUGGGUGAAAGAUUACAAUGUCCUCUUCAUCGACAAUCCCGUCGGAACUGGUUUCAGUUACGUCGGAACCCAAUUGGCAUAUACGAAAACGAACGCGCAGAUCGCGAGCGAUCUUGUGGAGUGCAUGCGAGGAUUCUACAAAAAGUUGCCGAAGUUUCAAAGUGUCCCAACGUACAUCACCACCGAGUCGUACGGCGGGAAAAUGGGCGCUGAAUUCGCACUCGUCUGGCAUCGAGCUCAGAAAGCUGGAACUAUUAAGAGCAGUCUGAAAGGAGUCGCGCUCGGAGAUGCUUGGAUUUCCCCUAUCGAUUCUGUAUUGACAUGGGCACCGUUUUUGCUCGAUACAGGUAUGGUCGACACGAACGGUUUUAAAGAAAUCGACGAUGCAGCGAAGGAGACGGAGAACAAAGUCAAGACCGGCCAGUGGAAAGCGGCUACUCAAUAUUGGGCUUACACGCAAAGUGUCGUUCUGACAAAAACUUACAACGUUGACUUUUACAAUAUACUCAGCAAGAUUAGAAAAGUCAACAGCAUAACCGCGCAAGAUACAUUGUCCUUCGACGCAGAAACUAUAUAUCGACGCUUUGUCCAGCCUCGGACAAUCUCACUGGACGAUUUGAUGAACGGCCCGGUGAGGAAAGCGCUCGGUACGAUAGCACCUCACGGCGUCCAGUCAUCCGCUGUUUUCGACAACUUGAGGGAGGAUUUUAUGAAACCCGUCACUCGCCAAGUGGAAAUGUUACUCGACGAGACCGACUUGCGCGUGUUUGUGUACAACGGCCACAUGGAUUUGAUCGUUGACACGCCGGGCACUCUCCAAUGGGUGGAGAGACUAAAAUGGAGAAAUGCCAACACCUGGAAAAACUCGAUCAGAUAUCCGCUCAUCGGCCACGACAAAGUCAUCGAGGGCUACGUAAAAGCCCACGAUAACUUCAGGGUGUAUUGGAUCAACAGAGCCGGACAUAUGGUGCCGAAAGACAAUCCAGCGGCCAUGAAGGUAAUACUAGAGGACUUGACGAACAUCGCAAAGGACUAAGCAAAAUUAAGUUGAAGCUUUUGUUUAUCUUAGACAUUAUAUAGAUCUAGACGUUUUGUCAAUGUACUAUUUGUUUCCUAGUAUCUUUUUUUUCUCUUUUUUUUUUUUUUAUAAUAUCGCAGUGUUAAAA